UUUGAUGUGUGUAAACUCAGUGACGCGAUUGAACGGAUUUUGAAUGAAUUUAUCGUUGAACAUAACUGUUGAAACACGAUUGGAUGAACUCGUUAAUUUCCGUAUGAUGUCGUAUGACCAGGACGAUGUGAUAUGACCUUAAAUUAAACCAUUUUAAAUCAUGUUUUGGCAAAUUAUAAAAAAAUAACAUUUAAUUAAUGAUAUGAGUCAUAUUUGGUGCAUGGUUCAUCGUUAUUGGGGAUGCUGGGGUCACGUGUUCUAUCCCAAAUAUCGAUCGAAAAAGAGAUCUCAGCUCCGCUGUCUCUUCAGAAGAAGAAAAGGGUUUGGCAGUGUCGAUCGGUAGCGGUGAACACAUAAUGAUUGUGAUAAUAAAUCAUAAAAAGAAAGUAUCGAAGACCGCUUUCACAAGUGUUUGUUCUCCCAAGUCCUCCAAGAAGAAUUGCUGCUAUCGGAGAUUCUAAGAAAACAUGUGUACGUUACCAUGGCAACGUGUCAACCAGGCCAUCAGAAGCAGACUCUUUUUGCUGUUUACCAUAGUUUUACUGGCGGGGUUUCUAUUGAUACACUACUCCGGGCCACGUGCCGAAUUGUUGCCAGGUAACCGAAGGAAGUACGUUCUUCGUCCGAACAUUCGGGCGGUAAAAUUAGUCCAGGCAACAGACCUAGCUGAAGAUUCGUUACCCACACCUUAUUUAUCAGAAAACACAGGACAUGAUUUGAUCAUCAGUGAAAGUGUUACAUCGACUUUGAAUGUGUUGUCGGAAACCGAAGGAUCUCAGACAGUGCCAACCGCUUGCAAGAAACAGUUGGAUGUAAGUUUUUUAAAAGUCCACAAGGCGGGAAGUACAACAGUGAUGAACAUAUUUCUUAGGUUUGCCAUUAGUCAUAACAUCAAUAUAGUAUUACCACACAAGUCUAAUGGAUUUGGAUUUAACUACCUCGGUUAUGGCAAGACUGUGUCACGUGAUGCCAUUGUACCGUUACCUCGCAACGAGACAUACAACAUCCUGUGUAAUCACGUGGUGUACAAUAGGGAGGCUUUCCGGUCUAUUCUUCCGGCAGACACUACGUAUAUGGGUAUUCUAAGAGAACCGGUGAGCCAUUUUAGGUCUGCGUCCUUAUAUUAUGGAUUUUACAACCAAUUGAAGGAAUUUAUACACGAUAGCAGACCUCCUCUCAGCGAGUUUUUGAAGAACACAGAUAUGUAUAAAAUUGGAACAUAUUUUGUCCAUAACAGAAUGUCGUAUGAUUUAGGUAUACCGCCAAAGAAGUUCAAUGACGAUAUAUUUGUAGAAGAAUAUAUACGGCAGUUGGACCGGGAUUAUGCCUUGAUGAUGAUCAUGGAACGAUUUGCAGAGUCCUUAGUUUUGCUUAGGCGAACACUUUGCUGGACAACCAAAGACAUUUUGUACGUCCCACUUAACGCCAUGAUAAAUAAACCCAACAUUCAUCUAACCGAGGAGGAUGUAGAACACUUAUCGGAGUGGAACAAAGCUGACUUCAAACUAUAUGAUUAUUUUCGGAUUAAAUUUGAUAAAACGGUACAAAUAGAAGGCCAGGAUCUGCAAGAUGAAGUAGAUAGUUUUACUGCCAUCAAGGACAGCGUCAUUAAGUUUUGUGUUGAUAUACUCAAGUUUCCUAGCAGCAGUGAAGCAGUAAAGCACGUUCCAAAUACUCGCUGGAGUCCCGGUUUUGACGUCACCAAGAAUGACUGUCGUCUGAUGACGGAAGAAGAACUCCCGAUGAUGCACCGACUAAUCAAUCAAGCGUGGCAACACUACAAUAGUUCACUAUGAUCUUCUUAAGAAGUUUAUAGUCGAACAAAAAAAUGAUGCCUGCCUACCUACCCUAUUUUAUUUUGUGUUGCUAUUGGAAACAAAGACCUUUGUUUUACCUUAUCGAUAUGCAACGCCAUACCAAUCUUUACCUUGAGGUAUUUCAGUCAAUAUGUAUUAUUUUUGUACACACGCUCCAUGUAGCCAUUGAAGGUCUUUUUUAAUUCCAAAUGCUAAUUUGUUACUUCUAAGAUGCUGUCUCAAGUUGACCGACAUUGAAAUUAUUUGUGAUUAUUUUUAUGUUUGAUGUUCUCAUAGUUGUAUGUAAGACAGUCAUAUAGUACAUUGCACUGUCCGUCAGUCUGGUAAUAUUGUUUCUAGCGAUUCAUUUGUCCUGGCUUUCCGGCGCAGCGAUUAUUCGGUACUAGUAGAACGUAAUUUUAUUAUACUUGUAGUACAUUUCUGCAUAAAACCAAAACCUUUCAAUCCAAAGAAAAUGGUUCAAUAUUCACUAGAUAAGCAUAUUGUUUUUAGUGGUUUAAAUACCAUAUAAUUACCUGAAUUUCUUAGUACUGAUUCUCUGUCAACGUAUGUCUUACAUUUAAUAAUUCAAUGAAUGUUGAUGAACUGGUAGCAAGUUGUACUUCCUGUUUAAAACAAUCAAUUUCAACGAACACUUCAAGUCUAAAUAUAGACAGUAUGUACGCAGUCAGAAAAAAACUUGAUACAAUUUGCCCCUUUUUUUGCGUUCGUCAAUGUCAAUGUUAAAACACCAUAACAAGUGGGCGUAGUGUUCACUCGCUUGGAUACUUCUCUAAAUUGACUUCGUUUUUUUCUAAUUUAACAUACAAUUUGAACAAAUUGACAUCAUAUGAUUAUAGAUAAAAUAUUUAUACUAUGUCGUGGAUAUCAUAACGAAACAUACAGAAACGAAUAAAUUCACAUUGCAAUGUUCUACAGGCGCUCAAAAAGCCAAUAAUCAAAAAUCUGUCUGGAUCGCUGAACAUAUUUAUAUGUGCAAAUAAUAACAAAAAAGGCCUAAACACGUAUGCCCAACUAUGAACAACGUCCCGGCUCCGAAAUGUAUUCUAAAAAUACAAUCUCGCGGUUAGUGUUCAUUGUUAGCUUUUUUAUGUUUGUUAACAAUUUUCUCUGAAUCAUUCACGUUUUCUAUGUUGAAAUUAUCCACAAUUUGAUGUUUCAUCAAUUCAUAUUUUUUUCUAUUGACAUUGUUUAAACAUGACAUUAUAAAGUUGUUAUUAGUGUAUACAAAUUAUUUGCUAUUCUUAGGCUACAAUUUUAGUAGAUUUUACAUGUUUUUACAGUAUUUCAUGCCAAAUAUUUAGUAUGGUGUCACACGCUUUAUGGCAUGGUACUAGUCGUUAAGUAAUUGUAUAUGUUUAUAGUCUUUCAAAACCUUAUUUUCAGUUACAUUCAAACUGAUAAGUAUUACAUGUACAUGUAUUUAAUUAAUAAAAGA